GCUGUUAAGUUGACUGACCGUCUCAACUCUUCUUUCUUUCCCCCCCCCCUCUCUCUCCUGUCCGUCUGCCAGCCGGUGGCAGAGCCCAUCCCCAUCUGCAGCUUCUGCCUGGGCACCAAGGAGCAGAAUCGUGAUAAGAGGCCUGAGGAGCUCAUCUCCUGUGCCGACUGUGGCAAUAGUGGCCACCCGUCCUGUCUCAAGUUCUCCCCAGAGCUCACAGCGCGAGUCAAGGCUCUGUGGUGGCAGUGCAUCGAAUGCAAGACUUGCAGCAGCUGUCAGGAUCAAGGAAAAAAUGCGGACAACAUGUUGUUCUGUGACUCCUGUGACCGGGGCUUCCACAUGGAGUGCUGUGAUCCUCCCCUCACGCGGAUGCCAAAAGGCAUGUGGAUUUGCCAAAUCUGCCAACCCAGGAAAAAGGGAAAGAAGCUCUUACACGAAAAGGCAGCACAAAUCAAACGGCGCUACAACGCGCCACUGGGCCGGCCUAAGAACAGGCCGGGGCGGCCCUUCAAGAAGCUGGGUGGGCGUGGUCGGCGGAAGCGCUCAGCCUCCGCCAACUCAUCCUCCAGCUCCUCCUGUGAGGGUUACCCUGGUGACGACCGACUGCUUUUUUCUAUGCGGGACGACGACGAUGACAUGUCACAGGGCAGCCUGCGCUUCAACAACAAGACCAAGGGCCUCAUCGACGCCCUCACAAAGUUCUUCACACCGUCGCCUGAGGGCCGUAAGGCCCGGCAGGAAGUAGUAGACUAUUCACAGCAGUGCCGUAUCCGAAAGAAAGCCAGUCGCAAAGGAGAAGGAGAUGACAGAGGAGACAAUCAGGAAGGCAGCGACUGGCGUGACGAAGACGAGAAACUUCCAGGCCACGAGAACCUGACGGAAAAAGACAUUGAACUGUUCAGACACAUCAGGAGCUGGCUCUGCAGGAACAGAGAUGGGACAAUGCCCUACUGGGAGGAGAUCUAUGACGCCAUGACUGAGGCCGCCAGGCUGGAGUCAUUGGACGUGAUAUUAUGUAAACCCAUGGUGUGCAGCGGGGGAGCUGGAUGGGAAUG